AUGGCGGGAGAUAUUCUAACUGCCUUGAUAGUAACUCUCCAAGAGCUUGACGCGUGGGAGCAAUCCAUGCAAUCGACGGUUUCUGGUCCCCUUUUCUGGUCAAGCCCAGCAUCUGCCACCUCACCGGGAACCGUUCAAACCACAAAGUCCUGCAUAUGGUUUCCCAGUCUGUCCAUGGCAACGGCAUUGACUUACCUAUGGGCCUUUCGCGCGGUAUGUUUCAGUCAAGUAGCACAGGUGCUAUCUUUCGAUCAAGCUCUCGCUUCUCGUACGGACUGGAUCUGGACCUGCCUGGAUAUCUCGGGAACCCAGAAUUGUCGAGAGAAGGCUCUUGCUUUCCACACAAUGAUCUGCCAAAGCAUCCCGUUCUUCAUGCAAGACAAGAUGAAAUUUUACGGUGCUGCCUCCGUUACUCUACCAUUAAUGGUCACGCAAACUGUCCUGUUCUCGUAG